AUGGAGUUCAAUGUAAGCCGUCGUACGGUAGCACCAGAGUAUGAGGUCAAAUUUGAGUGGAGUCGAGCAACGGCGAACCCGUCCCCCAAGGAUGACCAUGAGUGGGUGGAGGUGCUGCGGCGCCCCCCAGAGACCUGGUCACCCGCCGAGGUGGCGCACUGGGCUAGGCAGCCGCGGGAACGAGGCGGCGCCGACCUCGGUGUCAACCUGGCGGAGAGGCUCCAGGAGAACGCCAUCGACGGGUACCUACUGCUGAUGUACGGCAGCGGCGGCGGCGGUGGCGGCGGCGGCGGGGGCAGUGGCGAUGUGGCGUCUGAGCUCCGUCAGGCUGUUGAGCAGCUGCGCACGCUCCAGGACCGCAUCCUGUACGGCGAUGUCGUGCUGCCGCCGCCGCGGGAGCUGUUGGAGCAGCCGCUGGGGCCCUUAGGGGGUGGCGCCGCUGCCUGGAGCCGCCCGCUGCCACGCCGGCGGACAGCGAGCGCCAUCAGCGCAGUGGAGCUGGCGGCGGCGGUGACGGCGGUCGGUGGGCUGGUAGAGGUACUGCUGGCGCUGCUGGUACUGGUGCUGCUGAUGCUGGUGCUGGUUCCCAUAUUGGUGCUGGAGGAGGAACGGGUGGGGGAUAUGUGGCCCGCGGUCCUGCCGAAGCGGCGAUUAAAGGUCCUCAGGCUGGAGGGCCUGGGCGGCCUGUCCCGGUACGACCAGGCCCGCCAAGCUGCCGCGGCGGCGGCGGCGGCGACGGUAGCUGCGACUUCGCCGGCGGCGGCGCUGCCGCCGCCGCCGCCAAUGCUUCCCCAGGAGCGUCUUUCCGUUGUGGAGGCGCAGGGGCGGCGGCUGCGGGAGGAGAUGGCGUCGUCGGGGCAGCGCGAGGCCGUGGACGAGCUCGCCAAGGUGCCGCUGCAGCAGGCGUUGCGACGUGCGGCAGCAGUAGCGGUAGCGGGGCCCGAGGCUGGCGGCGGCGGGAUGAGCUCUGUGUGGCGUCCGGGCCUCAGCGCAGAGGCGCGCGCCUUGCUGGCGGAGGCGGACAGACGGGAAGCUGAGGGCGAGGACCCUUGGGUGUACGACGAUGCCGACGGCGAUGGCAGCAGCGACAACGACAAUUGCGGUGGGCGUGAUGCCGGCGGUGGCGGCUGUAGUAGCCGCCGCGGCCGCCGCCGCCGCCCUGCGGGUGGUGUGUUGCAGCGGCUGGUCGGGCUAGCUCCCGGCGGUGGGAUCCGUCAUCCCGGGUCCCACGCGGCGCACCCCCCUCUCCCGGGACCCGACCCCUGGCGGACCGCCGACAAGGAGGCCGUCGCACUGGUGCUGGCCCGUGGGUCCUCCACACCCGUGCAUCACACCCUAAAGAGUAAGCUGGCACAAGAUGCCGUACGGCACAUGUACGGCAUCCCGCCGUCAGCGAUGGCAAAAGCUGCGGCAGCAGCGGCCGCCUCCCAGGUGGAGUCGGCGCUGCCAUUUUACCCACCGACUUCCCUGUUGACCAACCACAGGGCAGCGGUGCAUGAGAUCGAGCUGCGGCGCCAGAUGGGCCUCCCGGUGACUGCCGACCUCGUGGCGGCACGCAGUGUGGCGACACCCAAGGCACCGCGGCUGGUGGUGCGGCACCCGCGCCAGACCUUACUCCUCCCCAGCCCGGCCCCACUCCCUCCUCCCCCUCCUGCCGGUCCUGACACCCCAGUGGGAGGUCGGGAUCGGCCCUUCAGCGCGCCUCCACUGCCAUCACCCGCACCUCCCGGGGUCCCUCCGGCCCGCAUUGUCCAGUUUGCGAAUAUAGGCAUCGGUUCCUAUUCCCUGGCCGACAGCGGACAUAGAAGCGACAGCGGGCAGCGGCUGGCGCCGCCAGAGGCGCGUGUGCGCGGCAUCGGCGCCGACAGCGACCUGCGGCGGGCCAUCGCCGCCAGGGCGGCAGCGGCGGCGGUGACAGCUGCGGCGGCGGCGAAGCAGGGGCCGGAGGCGGCGGCUGGCGUGUGGCUCGCGGUUCCGAAGGUGCCGUGGGUGGGUCGGUCUACGAGCGCCACUCGUGCCCACGGCAUGGUGCGAGUGGGGACUGAGCUGGAGGGGCAGUGGGGUGAUCCGGAGCUGCAGCGCAGUGUACGUGAGGUGCUAAGCUAUCUGGACGGCCGAUGGAUACCGCCGGGAGGGCGAGGCGCAGGCGCAGGCAGCAACGGUGGCGGCAACGGUGGCAAACACCGUCCACACUCCCGCGGCAGUCGGCAGCAGCAGCAGCAGCAGCGGCAGCGGCAGCAUAACUACCAGUUCCAGAACGGGGAGCUGGUGUACACGGGCCGGCGGCCGCCUUUCGAAACGGUGUUUCCGCCACCGUACGAGGUGCCGCCCUCGAAAUCGCGACCCAUGGGUUGUAAUAACGCCUACUCCAAGGCGGAUGCGGAGCGCCUGGCGGGGGCAGUGUCGUCGGAGGGGCCCCGCGGCAGCAGCGAGCUCCAUUGGGCUGCUGGGCGGGGGGACGCGCUGCGGGUGGCGGAGCUGCUGAUCAAGACCAGGGAGGACGCGGCGAAGAAAGCUGUGGAGUCGGCUGCUGCUACUGCUGCUGCUGCUAUGGCUUUGGUCAACUGCCGUAACCGGGCGGGGGAGACCCCCCUCCACCGCGCUGCUCAGUGUCGUCAGGGACGCAGUGCAGUGGCGGUGUUGGAGCUGUUGUUGAGUGCGGGUGCCGACCCGAAUGCGGCGGACUGCUGGGGGGUCACCCCCCUGAUGCGCGUCUUCGCGGCGGGCUGCUGGCUUCCCGAGGGCGACUUGCGUUGCGAGGUACUCCUCUCCGCGGGGGCCCGUGUGGAUGUGCGGGAGGCCAACACCGGGGAGACAUUGCUGCAUAAGGCCAUCAUUUACAACGUCUGUCGAGAGCAUCAGCAAUCGCCGCCAAGGAGGACUCGAAGCCCCUCUGGGCACCGGAGCCCCUGCCGGGUGAGGCAACAACCGUUACCAACUGCCAACCGUCACGGUGGCAUAACCGCUGCCGCUGCCGCCGGCGCCGGCACCACCAGCCUCAGGGAGCUGCUCCAGCUGUUGCUGUCGCUUUCGCGGGAGCACCUGCCGCCGUACCAGGAAGAUGGUGAGAACGACGACGACGACGACGACAAAGGCGCCAGUCGUCGAGGGGUCGCCCGUGCAGCAGCAGCAGCAGCAACAGCGGCGGCGGAGGAUGCCGUCGCCAGCAGCGCCGGGCGCAGCCGCGGCCUGCACGUCGAUGCACGUGACGCACGUGGUCGUACGGCACUACACGUGGCCUGCUCUCGUCCGCACUUGCACGGGCCUGGCAUGGAGGGGUGUUGUGUGACGGUGCUCCUGAGGGAGGGCGCCGACCCCAACGCCGCCGACGACAUGGGCCGUCGGCCGCUGCAUAUCGUCCUGGCGGAGGCCGCGGCGACGACGCGGCUGCACGAGGCCAACCGCAUCAACCACACCAAGCUGGCUGUGUCGAGGCCCAAGCAGCAUUCCGUGUGGGAAGGCGGGGGACGAGCGACCCGGCUGUCGAAGCUGGUGGGCUUGCUGAACCGGUACAGUGACACGGCGGCCAAGGUAGAGGAAGCCGUGGGGGAGAAGGCGGGGAGGAAGGCGAGACGCGGCGGCGGCGGUGUCGGUGUCGGCGGGCUGCGGCGCGGCGCCGCCAAGGCAGCGGACAAGCCCGGCCUGGGCGGCGGUGCCGGACCCAAGACGCUGCGGCAGCUGUACCGGGAGCGGUUCGGGGAAAGCAGCGGGGAUGAGGACGGGAGAGAGGGGGAGGAGGAGGAGCCCUCGCAGCACCAGGUGGUGCAGGCCUACUUGGCCGCCAUGCGCUCCGGACUGCCGCACAAAGACGGGACCGGCGGUGGCACAGCCGCCGCCGCCGCCACCACCGUUACCGCACUCGACAAGCAGGCCAAUGCAGCGACACAGCAUCAGGAUCAUCAGCCAGCUCCGAAACCAGGUUCGGGGCUGGACCCGGAUUCCGCGGCGACUCGAAUUCAGGCGGCGUUCCGGGGCCACCGUGCCCGUCGCCGACUCAAAGCUGCCGGCGUUGCGGCACCAGCAUCGGUUCCGGAGCCGACACCGCCGCCGCCGCCGCCGUCUCGCCACACCAUGGCGCACGGGCUCCGGACAGCCGCAGCAGCGACAUCGCAAUAUGGACCGUACGGCAGUGAACACGAGCGCGCCGCAAUUCGGAUCCAGGCCGCUCACCGCGGCUACCUGGUACGAAAGCAUCUGUCGGCGGUUAAGCGUCAGCAGCGGCAGGAUCAGCAGGUGCCGCCGGCGGGUGAUGCCGCGGUCUCCGUGGCUACGCCCGUGGCAGCAGCCGCGCCGGAUGGGCGCCUCAUAGCGGCCCGGAGCCAUGCUACUGCCGCCGACGCUGCCGCCGACGCCCUGUGGGACCCACCUCGGUCCAGUGCAACGGCAGCGCCGGGUAUGUCUUACGAUGUACGGCACGAACUGGCGGCGGCUCGCAUCCAGGCGGCCUGGAAGGGCAUGCAGGCUCGGAGGCUGUACAGCAGGGUACGACAGGCAGCGGUUGAACAAGACGAUCUGGAUCUCAUAUUGGAUCCUGAAGAGGUGGCGGCGCUGUCGAGGAACGUGAGCGGAGCGGCCAGGUACCCGCGCGGCGGCAGUAUCAGCCGACGGCGGCGGCUCCCACCUGGGGAGGCGGGUGAGGCUUCCGCACUACUGCAAGGCUGCGGUGACGUUGCCGACAGGGCGAAUGGAGACACCGGCGGUCAUGAUGCUGCGGCGACGGUGGCAGUAGUGGCAGCGGCGGGGGCAGCGGCGGGCGGCGACGGAACAGGGCGGUACGGCAAUUUGGUGGUGACGUCGGACGACGAGGAUUUGAAUGACGGCGCGCCGAGCGUGGAAGGCUGGUCGGACGCGUCGGAGGCGCUGGGACGGGGCUGGGAAGCACCGGAGGCGCCAUCGCCGUCACGCAUUCCCGUCGCUGCCUCCUUCCGCAGAAACACCAGUCGAGCCGUUGACGGUGGACCGGGGGCUGCCAUCGCGGCCGACGCAACCACCACUACAGGCGUAUAUAGCGGCGGCGGCGGCGGUGGUGGUGUUGGCGGGGCCUCGAUGCGGCGGCGGGGGCCCGGGGGUACGACAGUGGUUCCACAGCUGGCAGUGGCGGAUGACGGCCGUGUGGUGGGCGACCCCAGUGACCUGGACCUUUUGGAUCUGGUUUCGGAGGGGGAGGCGGAUGCGGGCGGUGAAGGAGAUGAAGGAGAUGAUCAUUCUCUGCCUUCGGGAGUCGUUAUUCGGCACGUUGAAGGUAGCGAGAACGACGGCCGCGGCGGCGGUGGCUUCGGUGUCGUGCAGCAUCACCAUGGCGGCGAUGAUGAGGGCAGCCUUAAGGGAGUCGGCAGCGAGGGAAGCGUGUUCUGA